AGAGUAUCAGAGCAGUUUCCCCAAAGACACUCUAAACAGCUGAGAGUGAAAUUUGUCAAGUGGAAAUGUAACUAUAAUAUGAUGUUUUGCUCAGCGUAUACACCUUAAACCUUAGUAGAAACUUGCUUAAAGUGUCAGAUGACUGGCAGGUGAAGCAGGCAGCGGCAGACAGGUCUACAGUGUGUAUGGCUGUGUAUCCAGACACAAUGGGUGAGGCGGUUGCUGCUCCGCCCCCUGCAAUUGUAAAAGAAGGGUGGCUGAACAAGCGUGGUGAACACAUCAAAAACUGGCGACAGCGUUAUUUCUUUCUCCUUGAAGAUGGAACUCUUCUGGGAUUUAAAACGAAACCUGAGCAGGGCCUUGAUGACCCACUAAACAACUUUACAGUGAAAAGAUGUCAGAUCCUGAAGACUGAAAGACCGCGACCUAACACCUUUAUUAUCCGUGGACUUCACUGGACAACUGUAAUAGAACGUACUUUUAAUGCCCAGUCAGCUAAUGACAGGGAAGCAUGGAUGGAGGCUAUUAAGCAGGUGUCUGAGAGGAUAUCAGAGUCAUCGUCUGGACACUGUGUGCAGAUCCAGGAAGCAGAGUCUGUAGAACAAAUUCAGUUAAAAUAUUCUAGUGAAGAUGAUGAUGAUAGCACAGGAUCUCGAUCCUCUAAGAAAAAAAGAAAAAUUACUUUAGAUAACUUCGAGUUCCUCAAAGUACUUGGGAAAGGGACGUUUGGAAAAGUAAUUCUCUGUCGUGAAAAGAGCAGCAAUCAUUUCUAUGCUAUCAAGAUUCUGCGUAAGGAUGUGAUCAUCAAACGUGACGAGGUGGCCCACACAUUGACUGAAAACCGUGUUUUACAGGUUGUGGAUCAUCCCUUCCUCACUGUAAGUUAUACCCAAUACUCAUUCCAAACAAUUCUCUGCUUUGAUGGAGUUGUCAAGGGCGGGGAGUGUUCUUCCCCCCUUAAUCAAGGGGGCCAUAUUCCUGAAAGGUGCGGGUUUUAUGGAGAAAUCUGUUUUGCCUUGGGAUAUUUACACGAAAGAAACUAAUUUCCCCGGGCAAAGCUGGAAAACUUAUUACUUGAUGCUGAUGGUCACAUUAAAAUAGCAGAUUUUGGCCUAUGUAAAGAAGACAUUUCGUAUGGGUCCACCACUCGCACUUUUUGUGGCACACCUGAAUAUCUAGCACCGGAGGUACUUGAGGAAAAUGAUUAUGGCCGAGGUGUUGAUUGGUGGGGCUAUGGUGUAUGUUUGUACGAAAUGAUGGUAGGACGCCUACCUUUUUAUGACAAAGAUCACGAUAAGCUUUUCCAGCUCAUAGUCUGUGAAGAUGUAAGAUUCCCAAGGACUAUUUCUCAAGAAGCCCGAGACCUGCUCAAAGGUUUGUUACAUAAAGACCCGAACAAGCGUUUAGGUGGUGGUCCAGGUGAUGUACGGGAGGUUCAGAGCCAUCCUUUCUAUGUAACUAUCAACUGGAAGCUUCUCGAAGAAAAAAAGUUAACACCACCAUUCAAGCCUCAAGUAACCAGUGAAACUGAUACCCGAUACUUCGAUAGAGAAUUCACCGGAGAGAGUGUGCAGCUUACUCCACCUGAUCAAGGGGAGCACCUUAAUGUUAUUGAUGAAGAAUCAGAAUACUUG